CAAGGGGACCGUCCUGUGUGUCACCAAGGGAGGGGGGUGCCAGGAGCUCUCCUCCCCGCUAGCAGGGCUCGGAGACUGGGGAUGGUGAAAUCUCACCGACAAGGCUGCAGUGGGCUCGGCAGGAACCUGUGAUAAGAUGCCAAGCAGUUAAAGCAGCUGCUUUGAGGUUGAGAGGCUGGAGGCCACAGGAAGUGAGCUCUCCGUGCAGAGCUGAUGUGCCUUCAAUCGGCACUUGUCCCGGGACAGCGGCUGCGGGCUGGCGAGGCUGGGGGCAUGUCUGUGGAGUGCCGGGAGCCCGGGCCGGAGGGGCCUCAGGACUGGUCUGUGGGGCCAGGCGGGCAUACCUGGGCCUCGGGCUCAGGUCGGUGCCCCCGUUCAACCACUCCCGCCCCCUGGAGCCUGCCCCGCUGGAGAGCUAUCGUGGCCGCUGCGGUGCUCUGCUAUAUCAACCUCCUCAACUACAUGAACUGGUUCAUCAUCGCAGGAGUACUGCUGGAUGUGCAGAAGUUUUUUCAGAUCAGUGACAGCAAUGCUGGUCUGCUUCAGACGGUCUUCAUCAGCUGCCUGCUGCUGUCUGCACCCGUGUUUGGCUACCUGGGCGACCGACACAGCCGCAAAGCCACGCUGAGCUUUGGGAUCCUGCUCUGGUCUGGAGCAGGCCUCUCCGGCUCCUUCGUCUCCCCCCGGUAUUCCUGGCUCUUCUUCCUGUCCCGGGGAGUCGUGGGCACUGGCACAGCCAGUUACUCCACCAUCGCGCCCACCAUCCUGGGCGACCUCUUCGUGAGGGACCAGCGGACCCGGGUGCUGGCCAUCUUCUACAUCUUUAUCCCUGUUGGAAGUGGCCUGGGCUAUGUGCUGGGGUCGGCGGUCACGGAGCUGACAGGGAACUGGCAUUGGGCCCUCCGAGUCAUGCCCUGCCUGGAAGCCGUGGCCUUGAUCCUGCUCAUCGUGCUGGUUCCAGACCCGCCCCGGGGAGCUGCUGAGAAGCAGGGGGGUAUGGCCAUGGGGGGCCAGAGGAGCAGCUGGUGUGAGGACGUCAGAUACCUGGGCAGAAACUGGAGUUUUGUGUGGUCAACCCUUGGCGUGACAGCCAUGGCCUUUGUGACUGGAGCUCUGGGCUUCUGGGUUCCCAAGUUUCUGUUCGAGGCCCGUGUGGUGCAUGGGCUGCAGCCGCCCUGCCUCCAGGAGCCGUGCAGCAGCCAGGACAGCCUGAUUUUUGGGGCACUGACUGUUGUGACGGGCAUCGUUGGGGUCGUCCUGGGAGCAGAGGUUUCAAGGAGUUACAAGAGAGUCAACCCACGGGCUGAGCCCCUCAUCUGUGCCUCCAGCCUGCUCGCCGCAGCCCCCUGCCUCUACCUGGCUCUGGUCCUGGCCCCAAUCACCUUCCCAUUCUCCUAUGUGUUCCUGGCCUUUGGGGAGCUGCUUCUGUCCUGUAACUGGGCAGUGGUUGCUGACAUCCUGCUGUCCGUGGUGGUGCCCAGGUGCCGGGGCACAGCAGAGGCACUUCAGAUCACGGUGGGCCACAUCCUGGGAGACGCUGGCAGCCCCUACCUCACUGGACUUCUCUCCAGCGCCCUGCGGGCCGGGCGCCCCGACUCCUACCUGCAGCGCUUUCUCAGUCUUCAGCAGAGCUUCCUGUGCUGCACCUUCGUCCUCGCCCUGGGGGGCGGCUGCUUUCUGCUGACGGCCCUGCACCUGGAGGGGGACCAGGCCCGGGCCCAGCAGCCCUGCACAGGGACCCCGGACAACAAGGACAUGGAGAGCCAAAGGCUGCUUUUUGGCACCGGUGCCUCCACAGAGGACCCCUGAGACCCCUCCCUGCAGCAAGGAGGUCCCACCCACCCUGCACACACCCCUCCCCUCGGCCUCCACAGUACCAGCACCUCGUCCCACCUUUGGCUGUGGCUCAGGGACCCUGGCCGAGCCGCACCUGCCACUUCUUCGCUCCCAGCUAGAGAGCUGGCAGCGCCCUUGGCGGGGCUGGGAAUUGAGCUGUCAGCACCCUCCGCGGGAGGCCUGGGCCUGAGCCUGCUCCCGGCACGAGGCCGCUCCAGCUUGGGGUCCUCAGCCUGGCUGCUGGUGGCCCUGAUUAAAGUGGAGCCUGUUCAAAGCCUGUGGAUUUCAGGCCUUUA